AUGUUUCCUUGGUUAAUCAGCGCUUCCGUAUUAUGCCUUAUCGCUCCAAAUAAUAAUGUAGUAAGUACAUUAGGAAGUGGUUAUAGGGGUGCUGGAAUUCUUAAUUUCUCCUUUGAUUGGAAUGCUAUUGGCCAAGUUGGACCUUUAGUUACUCCAUGGUGGGCUCAAGUAAAUGGUUACUUUGGUAUGAUUUUAGUAGCGUGGACAAGCGUCAUUGAUCCAAUAACUGGUGCACUCAAUGUUACUGCAUACGAAAAUUAUAGUUCUGUGUAUAGUACUAGUAUGCUUGCUACUUGCUAUGGCUUUAAUUUCAUGCAAAUUCCCGCUACAAUUAGUCAUGUGAUACUAUUUCACGGGAAGGAAAUUUGGAAUCGAUACAAGAAAACUCGUGAAGAGGAGGAAACUGAAAUCCACUGCAAAAUGAUGGAUGUUUAUCCAGAAGUGCCACAUUAUUGGUAUGGUUCCAUUUUCUUUAUCAUGUUAGUAAUCGCAAUUACCCUCGGCUAUACAACCGGCGCGAAUUUACCUUGGUGGUGUGUAUUGUUGGCUGUUGCUAUUCCUGUGCUUAUAGUACUCCCAAUUGGCAUUAUUCAAGCAACCUCAAAUAUGCAAAUUGGUCUAAAUAUUAUAGCUGAAUUAAUUUGCGGUUUUCUUUUACCUGGUUAUCCUAUUGCAAACGUAUAUUUUAAAACUUAUGGAACUGUGGUUUUAUCUCAAUGUCAUUAUAUGAAAAUUCCUCCAAGAAGCAUGUUCAUAUCACAAAUAUGGGGUACAGUUGUUGGCGUAGUCGUAAACUAUUGGACGUUGAAUAUUAUAAUUAAUGCGAAAAGACCUUACAUUGAUGGUACAGAAGUUGAUCCAACUGGUCAAUGGGCUGGCUUUAAUACAAAAAUGUUUGAUACUGCAUCUAUUAUGGGGAUUGAUUGGACCGGCAAGGACUUUCGGCCCGGUUCAAUUUAUAGUAUACUUCUUUGGGGCUUCCUAAUUGGUGGCUUUUUGCCAAUACCAUUUUAUUUGCUUCAUUUAAAAUUUCCCAAGGCAAAAUUUAAUCUUGUGAAUAUGCCUCUAAUAAUACUUUGUCUAUCUAGUUUUGCCGCAUCUUAUUCAAAUUUUUUAAUCACUGGCUUCAUCGCUAGCUUUAUAAGUCAAUUUUAUUUACUUCGCUAUAAAAAAGAGUGGUGGAUGAAGUAUAAUUACAUAAUGUCUGCAGCAUUUGAUAGUGGUGCACAGAUUAUGGCAAUAGUAUCUUUUAUUUGUCUUUCUGGUAUUGUGCGGGUACAAUUUCCAAUUUGGUGGGGUAACGAUCCGACGACUCAAAGUGAACAUUGCUUUUCCGUAGAUGGAUCAAAUUAA